AUGUCUUCUGAAGAUGACGUCACCACAGCUAUAAAUUCAGAAGAAUCAGUGAAAAAACCAAUGCCGAAUUGCAUCACCUGUCCUUAUAGAGCGGAGCACAAAGUCCCAGUCGACGGAUUCAACGCGCACGUCUGGAAGUGUCGUGCUGAUUAUAUGGCGUUCUUUCCGAACGCGUUGAGUUUGAAAAGAUGCCGCUACAACAUCCGUCAUAUGAUCCCCGAUGUCGAGCUGAAAUUCCACGAGACUUUCUGUAAAUCGCAAUCCGCCGAAGCGCGCGCUCAACUCGACACCGAACCCGUCUUCCUCGACGUCGCCGGAUUCAUCGACGCGCAGAAAAUGCGAAAAAUGCUAGAAAAAGGCGACGACUACGAUUCGGAUGAAUCAAAUGCCGGCGAUUUGACGGAUUCAGAUGAGAGCACGUCUUCUGAAAACGAUGAAUCGGUGUCUUCGGAAAUCGAAGAAGACGUUAAGGUGGAGCCGGAUGAUAUGGAAGUAGCGAUGAAUCGGCUGAAGUAUUUGGAGUUGAAGAAGAAGGAAUUGAUUUGA